AUGGAUAUCUUGGACUCUUCACUAACAAUUCCUUCACGCGACCAGACGGACGAUGUUGACACUGGCAUCUACGACUCAGAAAGACCGCUUACAUCUAAAAUCACUAAACCAGAGCAGCGAAUAUCUCACAUCAACCAGACCGAACUCAGGACUUCUCUCGCCGCUCUCGGCCCACGAGCGAACGAUGAUGAUGCUCCACAGUCUGUGAUACAUGCACCUCCUGGCUUUCGCCAAUUUAAGUUUGGCACAUGUGACGACUCCGACAGCUUGACCAACCCAGUUAUGGCAUCAUCGCACAGCAACUUGGCCGAGAUAGCACCAUCGAUGGUUCGAGACGGCGAGUCAGGAAAUGAUUUCGAAAACAUUGACCUCCUGUCUCAGCCGAGCGUUCUCACUGAUGAAAUCUCGGCUCCUAAGCAACAUACACCUAAGGACUCUACCUUUUGUGAGCCGAGCAUUCUUGUGCAUCAGAAUAUACCUCCAGUUCAAACUACAGGUGUCUCUACCAUAUUAGACGGGGGAUCAAGCACACUCGAAGCCGCCGUUCGGCAUCUUUUUGACGGUGAAGCUGAGAUCAAAGCCCUCAAAACAGCGCUCGCGGAAUGCUGGAAUCUCUGUAAUACAUUGGCCAGGCUGAGUUGUAUCCAACGCGGGCGUACUGUGGACAACCCUGGCACUGGUCUCGUCGAAGAAAAUGCAUGGACAUCAUGCUGGAAGCUGUGUCAGGAGUUAUAUGAGAGUCAGCAAGAUGAGUAUGUGUCGCCGGUCAAGCCGACGUUAGACCUGUGCCGUGAAUUCUGCCAAACUUUAUUUGAAAUACGCAUCCGUGACAACGAAAUUGCAGAUUCAGUGCUUCGGGUCAGUUUCGAAUUAAACAAUCAUCUUUACAACACGCAUGAUCGGCAUCUACCAGACGCUUUUAGGGAAAGGACGCUAGACUUCUAUAUCACCCUGUGUCAUCGUCUCAUGAAACAGAGGACCCGUGUCUCAAAGACCGACUCGCUUUUGAAGGCUUCAUGGUCUUUGGCGGAGAUGCUGUUCACAAUCCGCCAAGGUAAAAGGGAAGGGAGGCCGAUAAACGAAGAAAUGCUCGGCUCCGCUGUGCAAGCUUGCUGGGAACUCUGUGAUCUUUUUCGCGAGGGAUGGACCCAACGUAGCUUGCGUUACUCUGAUCGUGGAACGCCACGACCAAGUCAGGCCACCUUCGCCCAUAGCAUGCAGCAGGCCGGCCAACAGGAAAUCGCUGCUACAGAUGAACAGCUGCGCCACCGAGGCAAUCCUGAAACUCCUACGACCAUUUUCGAUGAGACCACCACUAUUUCACCGGAUGACGCCCCAGUUCAGAACAUUUUUCUCCUGCGAAAAGAUGCCGAUCAAGUUGUGCGGGCAGGGUGGUCCUCAAACUUGUCAACAGUCUCGGAUAUCAGCCAAGGUUCUGGGCAAACAUCUUCGACAAAUACUAUAAGAACGUCGCCUAACGAUACGACCCUGGCAUGUAUACAAGCUUUAUUGACCAAGGCCGCGGUCGACAGCGGAUUUCAGCCCGAGAAAUCACAGAGCCUAUCAAGCUUUGUAAAGACGCUUUCAUCAGACGCGUUUGGAUCGGCACCGUGGCAAAUUUCACUUCUGAGGAGUUAUAAGAGUCUUCUGGCACAUGACCCAAUAUUCCGCAAUAUUGACUUGCUAUCGCAUUCGAACGCAGCGGAUAUAGCAAAGGCUGUCCAAGUGACGACACACGGCAGUCAAUAUAUUUGGCUGCGGGAUCUCUAUCGCCUAGUGUUUGGUGUCCAUGUAGAUGAUGUCGCUAGUCGUCAAGGGAUCGCACUUCAGGCAUAA